CCAAACUAUUUCACUCGCAGCACUUUGAUUCCUCGGCACAGAAUGGAAGCUUUCGUCGGCGCCAAAUCUCACUAAGAAAUCCAGCGGGCCGGCCGGGCAGCAACUUCAGUGACUUCGCUCUCUUCGUAUCGACUUCGUGUGUCAGCGGGACUCGACUUCAUUCAAAGAUGCAGAAGUGUGUCGGCGCCCUGUGCAUCUCCUUCGUGCUCUGCGCGACCCUGACGGAGACCUUCGGCUUGGUCCUCUCGACAAAAGAAAAGCGGGGCUGGACUCUCAACAGCGCAGGGUACCUUCUGGGACCGCGUCGUAUUGAUCAGCUUUUACUGAUAAAGGAUAUGCCAAGUGAAAGGGGCAAAGAAGAGCCACAAGGGGAAUACGCCGUUGACAAUCACAGGUCGUUUAGUGAUAAACAUGGCUUCGCUGGCAAACGUGAAUUGCAGGCUGAGGAUGACAUAAAAUCAGGUCCUCUAAGGAUAGCAGAUGAAAACGUAAUACACACUGUGAUUGACUUCUUGUCCUACCUCAGGCUGAAAGAAAUGGGGGCACUAGACAAUCUCCAGUCGUCUCUGUCAUCAGAGGAAGUCACUCAGGCCUGACUUGCUGGAAUGGAGGACUCUGAGACCCGACCUGCUCCACUCUCAUUUGUCAGGCUCAUUCUUGGUUUAUAUGAUUCACCCCGUGCUACUGGAUGACCCACCUUUCACUUCACUCUCUCUCAGUUUAUCAACGACUUUUUUGUUUGAAGAUGAUCUUAAUGAAUAAAUUAAUCUG